AAUGGUGAAGUCAAGAUGGCAGUGGAACUCCGGCAGAGGAGCGAGCCCGCUGCAGGAAGGCCGUGAAGGAAGUUUGGUUUAAAAAAUCACCCAUCUCUGCUCAGUUACACUUAUAAUAUCGUGCUGUUCAAGUUAUCAUCAACCCUGGGGAGGACUUGAUACGUUCACUAACAGCAACGGAAUAAAAAACAACUGAGGAUAAAGUCUCGUAUGAAUUCCGACGAGAAGGAGGACUGUGAGUGUGCGCCACCACAGGCCGAGAGCAGCCCGGCAGGAGGAACACAAAGAGAAUACGAGGAGCCUGAAAUAGAAAACCCAGAAGCAAGCCGAAUGAAGCGAGCAGCUGCCAAACAUCUAAUAGAGCGUUACUACCACCAGUUAACGGAGGGCUGUGGGAACGAGUCAUGCUCCAACUCCUGGUGUGCCUCGUCAGUCGGCUUCAACCGCAUGGAUAACAAUGCGGCAGCUGUCAAAGCCCUGGAGCUCUACAAGGUGAACGCAAAGCUAUGUGACCCCCACCCUUCCAAGAAAGGCACCGCCUCAACGUACCUGGAGAGCAGCGGUGCUCACAGUAACUCCGCCUGCAGCAACAGGAAGAUGAACCACAAAGACAUCAACUCUGUACGGGACAAUUUUAAAGAUGUAAAUUUCCUGACAGAGGAGAAGGUGUACGAGAUUUUGGACAUCUGUGGGGAGAAAGAAGACUACUCUCCUCUGAUCAGAGUCAUUGGUCGGGUGUUCUCCAGUGCUGAGGGCCUUGUUCAGAGCUUCAGGAGGUCCAAACCUCACACCAAGGAGGAGCUCAAGUCUCUUCAGGGUAAAGAUGAGGACAAAGACGAGGAUGAGAAAGAAGCCGCCGCCUGCUCAGCCACAGCGAUGGAGGAAGACUCUCCCGCCUCCUCUUCGUCGUCACGGCUCGGCGAGGGCUCCUCCGGGGAAAACGAUGUCCAAAAGCUGGCCCCCGACGAGGUGUCGGUGGACAUCGAAGCUGUGCGGCGGGUCUAUGAGCGCCUGCUGUCCAAUGAGAAGAUAGAAGCGGCCUUCCUGAAUGCUCUGGUCUACCUCUCGCCAAAUGUAGAGUGCGACCUGACGUACCACAACGUGUAUUCACGAGACCCGAACUACCUGAACCUGUUCGUCAUAGUGAUGGAGAACAACAACCUGCACAGCCCCGAGUACCUGGAGAUCGCUCUGCCACAGUUCUGCAAGGCCAUGAGCAAACUCCCGCUGGCUGCUCAGGCUAAGCUAGCGCGCCUGUGGUCACACUACGGGGCCGAGCAGAUCCGGCGGAUGGUGGAGACGUUCCAGCAGCUCAUCACAUACAAGGUUAUCAGCAAUGAGUUCAACAGCCGCAACUUGGUCAAUGACGACGACGCUGUGGUGGCGGCCACAAAGUGCUUGAAGAUCGUCUACUAUGCAAAUGUGCUGGGCGGCGACUUGGACGUCGAGCACAACGAGGAAGAGGAUGAGGAGCCCAUUCCUGAGUCCAGUGAGCUCACGCUGCAGGAGCUGCUGGGCGAGGAGCGACGGAACAAGAAGGGUCCGCGAGUCGACCCGCUGGAGACAGAAUUAGGGAUCCGCACCAACGACUGCCGGCGGCCGCUCAUUCCCUUCGAGGAGUUUGUUAACGAGCCUCUGAACGAGGUGCUGGAGAUGGACAAGGACUACACUUUCUUUAAGGUGGAGACGGAGAACAAGUUUUCUUUUAUGACUUGCCCCUUUAUCCUCAACGCCGUCACAAAGAACCUGGGUCUGUACUACGACAACCGCAUACGCAUGUACAGCGAGCGGCGAAUCACCGUGCUCUACAGCCUGGUGCAGGGGCAGCAGCUAAAUCCCUACCUGAGGCUCAAAGUUCGGCGAGACCACAUCAUCGAUGACGCCUUGGUCCGGCUGGAGAUGAUAGCGAUGGAGAAUCCUGCAGACUUGAAGAAGCAGCUGUACGUGGAGUUUGAAGGAGAACAAGGUGUAGAUGAAGGAGGCGUUUCCAAAGAGUUCUUUCAGCUGGUUGUGGAGGAGAUCUUCAACCCAGAUAUCGGGAUGUUCACAUACGACGAACGAACAAAACUGUUCUGGUUCAACCCGUCAUCGUUUGAAAACGAGGGCCAGUACACUCUCAUCGGCAUCGUUCUCGGUCUGGCGAUCUACAACAACUGUAUCCUGGACGUCCACUUCCCCAUGGUCGUGUACAGGAAGCUCAUGGGCAAGAAAGGAACCUUCAGGGACCUGGCUGACGCUAACCCGGUUUUACACCAGAGUCUGAAUGAGCUGCUGGAGUAUGAGGGCAGCGUGGAGGAGGACAUGAUGAUCACGUUUCAGAUCUCACAGACGGACUUGUUUGGGAAUCCUCUAAUGUACGAUUUAAGGGAAAAUGGGGAUAAGAUUCCCGUCACAAACGAGAACAGAAAGGAGUUUGUGGCUCAGUAUGCUGAAUACAUGCUGAACAAAAGUGUGGAGAAACAGUUCAAAGCCUUCAGGAGAGGUUUUCACAUGGUCACUAACGAGUCGCCGCUGAAAUAUCUGUUCAGACCGGAGGAGAUUGAGCUCCUUAUCUGUGGAAGCAGGAAACUGGACUUUUUAGCACUUGAAGAAACGACAGAAUACGACGGAGGUUACAACAGAGAUUCUCGAAUUAUCAAGGAGUUUUGGGAGACGUUGCACUCGUUUGGGGAGGAGCAAAAGCGCCUCUUCCUGCAGUUCACCACUGGCACUGACAGAGCACCCGUGGGGGGGCUGGGCAAGCUGAAGAUGAUCAUUGCCAAGAACGGCCCGGACACAGACAGGUUACCAACGUCUCACACCUGCUUUAACGUGCUGCUGCUGCCCGAGUACAGCAGCAAAGAGAAGCUGAGGGAGAGACUGCUGAAAGCCAUCACCUAUGCCAAAGGGUUUGGCAUGCUCUGAGCCCCCACCCCCCCUCGCUCCGAACACACAGCAAACAGACUCCUUCUUCUCAGAAACCCCCCCGCCCUGCCCCUCCUUUAUCAGACACAAUCUAACAGGUGAAAAAGCCGAGUUUGUUUCCAGGAAAAAGUCAAUAAAGAGGAGGAAAGAGGAGAGAAGUUUCCAAUAGAGCGCUCGAGUAGUUCUUCUACUGUGCCUGCAUCAUCCCGCAUCAGUCAGUGUAAGCACAGAGAUCAAACCCUCGCAUCCACUUUAUGUGAAUGUGCCGCAGCCUCCCUGUGUUUUUUUUCUAUGUAUAGAGAGGAUCAUUUUCCUUAUUAUUUAUUUUAAGGUUAAAUGGGUUUUUUUCAUGCCUGCCUGUUGUGAUAGCUUCCCUGCUUCAGGGAAAGGGGAAGGGUUAAUAUUAAAUGUAAAUUUUGGACAAAUUGAAGAAGUCAAUAUUAUCCCGUUUAUGGAACAAAAAUGUGUAACAGUAGCCCUGAACGCAGCAGCGCUUGGAUUGGAAAGUGGAAUCUAGCGUGAGUUAUUUCAGCAGCUCGUGAAAUAGCCACAAGGGGGCAGCACCAAGCACCACUCUUCUCUCCCACCAGUGCAAACUUGCACCAGUAAUACCAGUGGUCUUGCCUUACAACACAUGAAUUUUAUUCCUGAAAGUGAUAGAUUUUUGUCUUUGCUGACAAUGAAGGUGCAGCUCAGUGAUGAUACUAAAGAAACGUAAGAGGCCCUGUUGUCUGGUUUUCACCUGUAGUGGAAGUAUGUUGGUUUGGUAUCUGUAAGACUAAAGCUAACAGUAAUUUCAUGGGGUGUAGAUGGCCUGAUGUUUGGGUCAUGUGCAGCAACCGGUCCUUUACAAAUGGAGGCAGAAGAGCCUGAAGUGGCCCUUAAAAAAAUCUUAUUUCAAAAGCAUUAAACUGUCAGUGAUACCGGUAUGUUCAUUUCAGAGCUUAUAUGAAGGAAGAAAGAAGCUAGCCUAGCCAUCGUAACCAGCCAGAAUAAUUAAUAACAGCAAGAGUGCAAUCCACCUUUAAAUCAUAGAAGUGUCUGGCUCGUUGAAACACUUUGAAUAGCUAAUCUGUUGCUACCAGUGCCCAUUUUUUUUUGCAGGCAUAGACUCUGGGCUGCAUGUAUUGACCUAAAAUAGGGUGUUUGCAGAUGAUGUCAUGUUAAAAUGAAGAAGAAUGUGGUUUCUGCAUAGAGAAGCCCUAUCAAAAUGCUAAUGUUUGUGCUGAUUACAGCUGUUAAGAUUCAGGGAAAAAAAAUCUUGGGCUACUUUCAAGUCCUGAAGAGUCCCAGAGUAAGGCAAAUAUAUAUAUAUUUUUUUUUUAAGAUUUAUUUUUAGGCUUUUUGUGCCUUUAUUCGACAGAGGAGGACAGUGGAACGAGUCGGAAACGGGACCAGAGUGGGGAGAGACAUGCGGCGAAGGGCCACAGGCCGGAUACGAACCUGAGCCGCCCGCGUACAUGGGUCGCGCCUUAGACCGCGAGGCCAUCUUCGUGCCUGAAGGCAUAUAGUUUAAAAGCUCCUGUGAGACAUGGAUUGGCUGAGUCAGACAAUGUUCACAUGUGAUCCGUCUCCACCAAGCAGUCCGGGUUGGUUAACUCUCCUCUUGUGGUUGUUAUGAUGGGAAAUCCAUGCCUCUAUAGAGAUCUGGAUCAUUGGCUCAGCUCAGUAGUAAGAACUAGUCUUUUGGCUCCCAAAUGGAUCUUCAUUAGAUCCCAGUCCAGGUUUUUAAAUGUGGAUUAAAUAACGCCAAAAAGGGAAGAAAGGAAACUUGCACUCAAAGGGAGACGACAAGUUCAUGAACAACACAUCACUACUCGGCUGCUUAUCAUAAGCAUUUCCUUUUAAAGCAUGUUUAUGACAAAAAAGGGGAAAAAGUGGUUAAAGAGGCUCAGCUAGCCUUUUAGCUCAGCACUAGACUCUAGUCUCCUUUUCUCUGUUUAGGUCUGCAGGACCAAGUCAUUAGUGAUAUUGAUCACCUUGACGCCAUACAUUAACCUGUGGUAAAAAUCCUUUCCUUGCAAAGUGUACAGUAUACCAGUGGAUGUCAAGAAUGGGAGAGCUACGCUCUCCCAUUCUUGAUUGCAGUGGAUAGGCUAACCUUGUUUGCUUGUAAAAGCUUUACUUUGAGCUUACUGGUAUUAUCGACAACAAUAUUAUAAUAAAAUUACUUUGAACCAUCAUCAUACAAUCACAAAUAAUCACAGUUUCAAUAGGUGGGUAAACUGGACAACUUGAGUGUAUGUGUAGAAACACGUGUUGAACAUGUGUUUUCAAUAAAGACCAAAUGUAAAUUUACAGCAGUAUAAUGUGUACGCUACAAAGCAGGGCCACUGGUAUUAACAUUUGUAUCAUAGUGGUGGAAAAUAUUGCUGAUGUGACAGACGUGUGGUACAUUCAGCCACGGCAUAAGCUACUAACGUGGUGGCAUAUGCCGCUGAAUUAUGGCAAAUGUCGCUGCUUCUUACCAGAUGCCACUUUCCAAUCUUGGCGUCACUCGCUUGUUCAUAGACUAUUCACAGAAAAAAACCUAGUCUUAGAGCAGUCGGUUUAUUCCCUACUGAAGAAAGAGCUCAUUCCACUCUCAGACAUCGCUUAAUGUUCCCUCUGAGUCAUUUCUAGCAUCCAGAAAUAACUGUCAUUUGGUUCUUUAUCAGAUAGCAUUUAUGAAACUGUCAGGCCUUUUUUCCUUUUGGGAGGGGACACACAUACACCACAGGUUAGACUCAAAUCUUGUCAGAGCUGUGUAAGUGCACUUAGACAUUUUCAGAAUGUUUGUUUUUUGGCCGCAGGUUGCCAUGAUUGUUUGAAACCUUUUAUUUCCAUGUCUUCCUGUGUUGACGAUUCUAUAAAAUAAAAAACGGUAUUUAUAUAAUCAGUGCAGUUGGAACUGCGAUGCCGUGUUGUGCACGUUUUCGGAGGAUGUACACUCGUAGACCAGUCACUGCUGAUGUUCUCAGAUUCAGACGUAGAGCUCUUCUUGUGCCAACGAUUAGUCAGUCGAUCGGUGAAAUCCCCAGUUAGCACUUUGUGUUGUCUCCAGUCUUUGAUGUAAGCAUCAAGAAGGUAGAAAGAAAGUUUCCACGGACUUAAUUUCAUUUUAACUGACAAAAAUUUGUGACCUGACUGUUGUUACACCCAUCAUUUUUGGGUAUUUUUUAGAUGAGGGCAAUAUUUUACAUAUUUUAGGGUCUAAAUGCCUAAGAAGGAGCUGCAAACCUUAACUUCAAGUACAUCUGCUUGAAGCUGCUUUUCACUCAGUACGUUUACAUGCACAGUUAGGUUAAACUAUGGUUGAUUAGGUUUAUCAACUGGACUCCUUCCUUUUCCUUGCACACAGGUGGUUAACAGAAGUUUGGCCACCUGGGCUAUAGGAGCUAGCUCUUUUCAGCAUACUACUAUUAGAGUUACCUCUGGUUGAACAUGCUAAGUAGUUAGCAAGCAGCUAACCAGUUGUGUGGCAAACAUCGAAAAUAAGUUUACAGAUCUGUACAUUUUAUGUUUGCUUUACAAUUUACUUUUGGUACAACUACGAUGCACAUAGUCCUUCCUGAAGGCAGACAACAAUGUGAUUUCUUUAGACAUUUACAAUGUUUGACAUCCUGGUUACAGCCCAGAAGGAUUUGUCCAGUUUGGGUCUGAUUGAUCUGUAAAAAUGCAGAGUAAAUCAACCACAUUAUCCAGGUGUCUUGGUCCGUUUUUAGGGAAUGGGAUUUAGUGUGAUUUGAGAUGGACCAACAUGCUUACGUCUACAGUAUUUUGAAAGUCUAGUUUUAGUCGCACUUGUACAAAAUUUGAUUUUUUUCCAACUGCAUGUAAACAUACUGAUCAAUGGGCUCAGGUUAUUUUCCUAAUUGUCUGACGGCGUAACAGAUAGGAUCCCUUCAGUGAUCAACAAACAGUUGUUACACUGAACCCUUCAAGACUCCACUGAUAAAAAAAGUAAUUUUAUUUGUCAAGGAAAAGAUGUUGCUGGUCCUCAGCUGUCUUCAUAUAUAAAGGAAAAUUUUUUUGGCAUAUUUGUGUCUUCCUAAACUUGGGAUCUCCGGCAGGCACUGGGGCAGUUUGCAGUUGAGUGCAAAGGGGUUUGGGAUGACAGCAUCUCAAAGGUCAUGGUUGGUCUGCCAGAAAACAGUCCUUUUUGGCAGGGAGUAAGUUUUUGCCUCAAGUUGAGGAGUUCUCAGUCUUGUUCACAACUGAGGGUAGGAUGGAUCAGAGAUCGACAGGAAUUGGUUUAGGCGCUGUAACGGACCGUUGGGGUGAAGUGGGGGCCGAGCCAAUAUGCAACGCUUCAGAGUUGCAGGAGUACCAACAAUUGUCAACGGUCAUAAGCUUUGGGUAGUGACCAAAAGACUGAGAUUGUGGAUACAAUCAGAUGAAAUGAGGCUUCUCUGGAGACUGUCUGGGCUCAGCCUUAGAGCUCAGAGUCGAACAACUGCUCCUUUGCAUUAAAAGGAGCCAGUUAAGGUAAUUCAGGUAUCUGAUCUGGAUGCCCUCUAGUUGCCCCCCUGUGGAGACCCAGAACUCGCUGGAGGGAUUAUAUAUCCCAUUUGGCCUGGAAACACAUUGGAAAUCCCCAGCUUGAAAACGUUGCUGGAAAGAAGGAUGUCAGAGUUUACUUGCUUGUUUGUCACCAUGACCCGGCCCUGGAUGUCAGGUGGAUAUUUGUGCAAAAAUAUGGCUAUUGAAUGCUAUCUCAUUUUUUUCAGCUGGUUGAGGUAGAGUUGCACCAGCAACUCCCAUGUUUUACAGUUUAAAAUUAAUGUUGUUCCCAGAUGAUUCUUGUCAUAUUCAGGUCCCUCUUUUACACCAACAAAUGGGCAAAGAUAGACUGGUUUUGGCAACAGACUCCUUUGACAAUAUCAGUUUUGGCUUGCAACUCAUGGGAGUUUAUGAUCUACUUCUUUCUUUACUGUCAGUGUACAGUAGCACUUUAUCAGUGGAGUGUGCUUGUUGGAAAAGGGGGAUGUAACGGCAAAAAGACCAUGCUUAUCCUAAGAAAUAUCCUGGGAACUUUCUGAUGUGCUGUCAGACACUUAACUUGAGCCUGUUGGUGACAAAAUGUAUAUGUGAAGCAUUUGCAUAGCCUGUUUCAGAGCUGCAGGUUGAUGUAACCUUCUUAAGCAAUGUUGGUCAAACCUUUUAGGCAUUCAGACCCUGAAAUUUUUAACUGUAGGCCUUGCGUUAAAAAUAACUUAAUAUGCUAUUAAUAUAUGUGAAAAGGAACAGGUCUGUGUCCCUCUACUUCAAUUCUAAGGAAAGAUAAUCAUGUCCUGGACCUGCAUACUCAUAAUUAAUCAAUAUUCUUUGGGAGAUGGCACUUCACUGUGAUCAGACUUGUAUUUCAAUCGAUCACAUUCAAGAAAAUUCAACGGGUGUAACCACUGUCUACAGAAAAGUCUAACUUGGGUGAUAAAUAGCACUUUUUCUGUUCAAAAGCAUAGGUUUUGAAUCUUAACGUCACCACAGAAAUGGCAGAUGUUUUCUAUUUUUGAUUGCUUCUGUUCAGUAGAAUCGACUGUACUUGUAAAGGACAGGUGUGAAAUCCGCAUGAAGUUCUUGCACACAGAAUUAAUUCACUAGUUUAACAGAUUUUUUUUUUUUAAACAACCUGGGUCUUUCUUUCAAGUUUUGGCCAUGAUUUUCCUACUUUUACACAGUCAACAGAGCACAUUAGGGCAAGCAGCAGAAAUCAUCAAACAUCCUGAAUGGUCCUAAACCAAGCUGCAGUUUUCCCUGUUAUUUAAACCACUUAUUCAAAUAAUUCGGGAUGAAACCGACAAGCAUGAAAUGCUCAUUUUUGAAGCUCAUUGCCUUCCUUUUUAUGCUGAUGAUUCGCUGUUUUAAGCCACUGUAAUCUGGACCACCCUUAAAAUCCAUUGGCUUUUGGAUAUUUUUGCACAAGAUAGAAGUAAAAAAAAAACAAACAAACUAUUGAAACUUGACUGUUUUGUAAACCAAAAACAUGCCCUCAGCAUUGCUUUGAAUCCAAGUGCAGUUUCAGGAUUGUAUGCCAACAUCACUUCCUUAAUACACGGACAUUUAACUGCUGACAAAGGCUAAUACUGUCUUUGUUUUUGCUAAAACAAGGGGUCAUCGCCCCAAAACAAAGCUUAGCUACAGACCCCCAUAUUUUAGGAUGCUUUGGUUCAGCUUUUGGUUCAGCAAGCUUCCAGAACCUUCCAGAACCAAAACCUUGAAGGAAUGUAUAAAUGCUGGUUUACACAGUUCAAGCAUGUUUCAAUGGUCUGCUCAAAGAGUUUCCAAUCUGGAAAUGAAUGGAAGCUAACACUUGCUAGCCUACUAACCUUGAGUUUUACCUUGAAUAAGUGGUUUAGGUAAUUAGGAGAUUCCAAGGACAACAUAUCUAAUUCACUGUUUUCUUAUCAAAUGGACAAUUGUGUCUUCAUAGUCGUGAAAUAGGUAUUUUGGGGCUUUCUACCACAUCUUACAAUCCUGAUCUGUUAUUGGGCUAAUUCAGAUGAUAUCAGAUAUAUGGGACUUGAAUUUUGGAAAUCAAAUUGGUCACACAUCUCUGCAUCAAGUUAAGUCUUUACCAUUGAAUUUGGGAAAAUCUUUGAUGUUUAAAGUCAAGGACCAAAGGAAUCGGCAUGAGAAAUGGAAAACCGUUCGGAACGACCAGAUCAGACCACUAGGUUUGGACUAGGAUCUGACUCCAGAGACCAUCUUUAAACUGAGAUAAUACCUUCCAUGGGUUGUAAAUAAGAAGUGAACAUAGCAUCCGUAAAGUCACCCACUGGCCUUGAAGCUUUGAAUUUGUUUUUGAAUAGAACUCUGGUCCUUCUGCUUCUGUUUGCAUUUUCAGACCUUGAGACCAUGCCCAUUCCCUUUACCACCUUUGGUUAAGUGUAGCAUUUUACAUGCUGCAGAAUCAAAUCAGAGAUGUGGUAUUAAGCUUCAGGAAACUAGUUCAAGGUUUUUCAAGAUCCAGAUUAUUGGAAUAACAUACUUGCUUACCUAGGACCGUCAGACCCAGACUAUGUCUUCUUAGGGGAGUUUCAGUUGGUGGUACAUAGAAAGACGACUAUCUGCUUGGCCUUUGGUGCCCACAAAAUGCCACUAAAUCACCACGGUGCUCAGACCACGGUUACUCAACAACCCUGAGCCAUUUUUUUUUUUUCAGUUUGAUUAUUUACUCUUUCUCAUCUUCAUGGUUCUGCCAGACCUGGGCAAAAUAAUGUUGGAGAGCACAUUUUGCUGCUUGUUUUAGCCUCCAUUGGAGUCUUUGUGGACAGUGAAAAGAGUGCCUGGAAAUUUGGACUACCCAAGGACUGUUGGAACUCGGUGUAGGUUAAAACAAAAGUCAGAAGGGAUGACUUACAACUGUCAUUGAACCUAGGUCUGGUUUCAGCUGUUUCUCUGUACCUCUGUUUUGUAAUGCUGAAGAUGCUGCUGCUCACCUGGACAUGUGAACGGGCUCUGAGGCCCAGCGAAGGUAAACAGUAAACAACCUGAUUUUGGAAAGGGAAGCAGUUUUCAUCAAUUUGUUUGACUCUGCGGUUACAUUCUAAAAAGAUACAAACUGAUGAAAGGCUAAAGUACUCAGUGUUGUGAAAACAUGCUAAAUAAAGAUGACUGCUUUUUUCCAA